GUUAAAAGGAUAAAGAAGCAGGGGUGCUAAAGAUGUUGUUCUGGAGGGGGCUCCCUCUUGAAGAAAGUGAUCUUAAUGGAGCUGGCGACUGGAAAUAGAACCCAAGUGUUACAGCAAUCAUCGUCAACAUUUAUGUCAACACUUACAUGAUUUUAUGAAUUUAAAUACUGGAUCCUCCCAAUGUUAACAGACAGGAGAUAUCACCUUUAGAGAAACAUUCUUUUUUAUCUUACCAACAUCAAAAUUUGGGACAUUUCAGGUCCCUCCAUAAAAGAACACCCUCCAUAAAUAACACAGCAGGAAUGUUCUCCUUUUGAGAUACAGUUAACAUCUGAGGGGGAAGAGUAGUGAAAAGGAUGCUCCAGGCUGCACAAUGUGAGAUACAGUGCGAUCUAGGAAAGGGAAGGAGAGAUUGAAGUACAGGAGGUACCAAGACUUAGUUCCAAGUCUGUAUUCAAGUUAGAAACUAUAGGAUGCCAGACCCUACAAGGAAUAUGUCAGUUUGAUGUUUCUUUAACCCUAGAGCAAACUUGGUUAAGACUCACUGAAAAUCUCUGAGCCCUCUCUUCUCAAAUGCUCCCCAUGAUACUUCUGGGAGGCUCUAGGCUGCCUUGAGUCCAUGUCAAGCAAGUCCUAACUGCCAUGUGGGAGAUAUCAUUCUCCUUUCUCCCCAGGAAGGUACUCAGAAAUCUUCAUCGUGGCCCCCAUAUCCCUGUCAUUGCUGACUCAUGCAUUUGUUAUUGCUGUCACUGAGAUGAUAGAUUCAUCUUGUACCAGCCCCAGUGAGAUGCUCUGCUAAAGCAAAAACCAUCCCCUCUCUAAACUCACUACCCUUCCCUGCCACCAUCCAGCAGAAAAUGCAAUGAUAUAUUGCCCAAUCCUCACAGAGAUGUCUUUAGAGUUUAAUUUUUCAUUAUGUAUUUGUAUGAACUCUUUCUCUAAGACUCAAAAAUGUAUAUGAAAGGAGUUUUUCAAAGUGUGAUGAACAGAUUUCUUGUGUCAAUAUCCCUUAAGUCACUUGUUUCAAAUGCAUGUUCCUGGGAUAAACCCAAGAUCUCCUAUUCAGACAUUUAGAGAACAGAGGACAAAGGAUGGAGGAGGUCUGUGGGUUAAACAAAUUUCACUGACAAUUUUUAUGCUCUCUGGAGUUUGAAAACCACUGUUCUGUUGGUGCUAGCUGAGGUCCCGUAUCUCAGACAGAUGUGUGACUGUCUUCCCAGUCAUCUCCUUUAUAGUAUAUGCCCUGAUAACUGCUCUUGUUGCAGACUUUUUUGAUAUCUAAGCUUAGGAAAAGAGAACAUUUAGACCAAUUUGUUAAGUAGAUAGAAGCAGUUUCUCAAGUUCACUGCCAUUAGCCUGUAGUAUGUGGUGAGAAUAAACUAUUGCUUUCAAAUUCCUAAAAUUCUAAGUUUCAGAUUUCUUUAGCUGGAUCCAUGCAAGGGAUUUAGAAGAAGUGCUCUUCUACACCAAAGUGAAUCACAAAGGACAUUCUUGAACCCAAAAAGGUGACACCUUUACAGGCAGCUCUUUAUGGGCAGGCAUUCCAAGGAGCAGUGUAUGGGAAGUAGCCGAGUGAUACCAUUUGGUGCUAUAAUAGUAUUAGAGAGGCAGGAGUUAAGAUUCUAUUGGGCAGUAAGGCCAGUGGCCCCCAAAUGGAGUCAGGAAACCCAGAAUGGCAUCUUCUGAGUCACAGCCCUACAGGAAUCUUACAAAACUAUCUUCGAGGUGUCCCUGGCUGUCUGAGACCUCCCAGAGCAUGAUCAGGCAGGCCCUUGGCUAAAGGGCAUAUGGACCCUACAUGAAUACUGCAUAGAUUGAACCCCCAAAUAUGUAGUCUCCUAUAGGGUAGAGAUUAUAUUGCUUAAUACAACAGGCUGAACUCUCUUCCAAAUCUCUUAAAAACUCCUACACAAAGAGCUCUCAGGGGUAUCCUUCUCAGAAACCACUUCCAGGCUACUGGGAACUUUAUUUCCUCACCUUUAUACAUUUUAAAUAAAAUUGCUUGCACCCUACCUCCUCCAUCCUACAGAUUCAUUCUUGGUCACUGUGGGACAAUACCCCACUACUUCAUAACAGUGCCACAUCCUUAACUAUGACCAGCCUCUAUGUGACCCGCUUCUGUUCAACUCUGCUGAGGCUCAUGGGAAGGAGGUGUCCUGGAGACUGUACUGCAGAGUCCACCACUUCUUCCCAGCAGUGUUUGCAUUCAAGCAUUCAAUCAUAGCUGUAAAUACAGUGUAGAUUAUGUGUGACCUUGGGCAAAUGCUUCACUUCUUUGUGCUUCUUUCAUUUGAAAAGUGUAGGAAAAACAAUAACCUAAGUUGAUCACAAUAGAAGGAGAAAUGCAUCUGGAGUCAGCCAGCAUGUAGUUAGUUUUGAAGAGCAACAAAAAUUUAAAAUAUCUUCAUUAGCUUCCUGAUUUUUUUUCUGAAAAAAAGGAGAGAAACAGAGACAUACACAUGCAGACUCAGGAAAUGUUGCAAAAUUAUUACUUUUUCAGUGUUUCAAAUCUUUGCCCACCAAAAAUCUGCUUUUCAAAAACUGUACAUUUUGGGCAACUCUAAGAUUUGUUCAUUGUUCUUUUCUUUAGGGUCUUCUGUCUAUUUUUCCUCCUUUUAAUCUGAGAAUAUGAUGACUUCAACAUUAGGAACUAAAAACAUGCUAUAUUAGUAAACUAUGAAUCAACACUGACAAUUCCAGGAAAACAUUUAUGCCUACUUAACACUUAGAUGUAAUUAGUCAAUUCUACAGAACCAUACUCAAUUUUAUAGCCUAUGAUUUUUGAUGUUGACAGAUCUUUUCCAGACUUCAAAACUGAAAGGGUUGGCUUGAAGGCUGUGUGAGUCUGCUCAGAAAUGGUGCCAAGCACAAUAUCCCAGAUAAAAAUGGCCGCCUUCCACUUCAUGCUGCCACUGCCGAGCCCGAUGUGAGGCUCCUGACAGUCCUGCUGCAGCAGUCCAACCUCAGUGAAAUUAAUCACCAGGACAAUGAGGGAAUGACACCACUCCACUGGGCAGCUUUCCACAACCAGCCUCAGCACACCCAGAUGUUGUUGAAGAAGGGGGCAGAUCCCACCCUUGUGGAUAAGGACUUUAAAACAGCUCUCCACUGGGCAGUCCAGGCCCAUGUGGGCAGCAUUUCCAUUUCUUCCUUCCUGGUCUCUGUGACUCUCGCUGGUCUCCUACAUCUGAGACUUCUCUUGGCUGACACCCAGUCCAGAUUGAGUGGAAACAGAAUUUUGUGUUCCAUCAUUCUGAGCCACCAUCAGGGGCCGUCUAUAAUCAACUAUGACGACGAGAGUGGAAAGACGUGUGCACACAUCGCCGCAGCCGCGGGUUUCAGCAGCAUUAUUAAUGAACUGGCAAGAGUCCCUGAGUGUAACCUGCAGGCUCUGGAUGUGGAUGACAGGACACCCCUGCACUGGGCUGCGGCUGCAGGGAAGGCAGAAUGUGUCCAGUCACUGCUGGCGCUGGGCAUGGACAGCAACCUGAGGGACAUCAACGAGAGCACGCCUUUGGCCUAUGCCCUGUACUGUGGGCACACAGCCUGCGUCAAACUCCUCUCCCAAGAGAGCAGAACAGAACCUGCUCCACCUCUUCCUCCCCAAAACAGUCGACCCCAGAAGAAGGAGGGACGGUUCAGUAUGCUCAACCAAAUCUUCUGCAAAAAUAAGAAGGAAGAGCAGAAAUCCCAUCAGAAGGAUCACAGCAAGGACCAACCCAGUGGGGAAGACACCUCAGAAGUUGAUGACAUCAUCACCACCUUUGACAGCAUCAUGGAUACCAACUGCCAGGGACAGCCUUGUGACCAGGUGGCUAUGGUUGACCUUAAGAAGAGGACCUCAGAGAAUUCAAAGUAUCUCUUGCCAGAAAAGAAACUUCUGGCCUGUAAGGGGCUUCCACCCAUCAGAACACAGAGCCUCCCACCCAUUACAAUGGGCAAUAAUUUCCUGACUGCUUCCCAUGGCAGCAUUUCCCAAGCUGCCCUAAGCCCAGGCACUCAGCAUAUGGCCCAGCGAUCUCAGAAGAGUCGAAGUGAGCAAGAUUUAUUAAAUAACAGGACUGGCUGCCAGAUGUUGCUAGAUAACCCCUGGAAGGGCGAUUCUAAUCAGGUGUUCUCCUACAAAGCUUGGACUAUGCCUUCUUCUGAGAAGCUGCUAGACAGGCUUCUCACUGGCCGCCCAGGGCACCAGGAGCACGCUGGGCCACCACAUCUUCCUCAUCUGCACAAUCCUCCACCCGGACAAAAUCUUCAGCAUCUCUCUCCAAAUAGAUCCAAAAUCAGAGACCUUCCUUUCACACGGAACAACCUUGCUCCCCUCCCAGACCAAAAAUUUCUAUCUGGAGAGCCUCUACGAACAAACCGAGUGCUUCCUGCGAUUCCCAGUCAACGGGGACACAGCACAGCAGCCGAGGAUAGUGUGCUCUCCACUGAUCCCACCAGUAAUGUGAAUUAUCUGCGCGCUGCUAACUGCAGAAAUAUGGGUGUCGUCUAUGUUCAGGUCUCAGAGGGCGAGCCUGCUCUGGUUUGUAAGAACAAAAACUAAUUUAGAAAGCUGCAUCCUAUAAGCCAUUCACAAUUUUAUAAUUCAAAAUUCUUUAUUCCAAAUAAAGAUACUGCCUCAUAAGCACUUAGGAUACAGUAUUUUAGUGUGCAUAUAUUGUAAAUCUAUGAUUUUAUGUGACCUCUACAUGCUAAAAUGUUCAAGAAUAUAUGUAUUAUUAUCUGGGAAACAUGUUUGGUUGGCUUUGUGGCAUGUUUACUGUUUUAUCUGUUUGCUGAAUUAUUUUAUUUUUUUAAUGUAUGCUUUGAUGAAUAAAAAGGUUUUUAAAAGGA